CGCAGCCUUGGAGCCGCGGCGCCGCGGGUCUGAGCUCGGUGAUCUCGGCCCUGGGAAGGCGGGCGGGGCGGGGUGCGCGCCGCGGGAGCGAGCCUGGCAGCCUGCAGGGCCUCGGAGACUGUCGUUGGGCGCUGAGGUUCCCCAUAAGGCUGCACUGAGGACCCCCUUGACUGUGGCAAUGGAGGGGGGCCCGGCGGUCUGCUGCCAGGACCCUCGGGCUGAGUUGGUGGAGCGAGUGGCAGCCAUUGAUGUGACCCACUUGGAGGAGACGGAUGGCAGCCCGGAGCCUCCCAGGAACUGUGUGGACCCUCCAUCACGGACCAGAGCAGCCUCCGUGAUCCCCAGCGGUCCUUCAAGACACCCUGCAGUCCGGCCCAGCCUCUCGACAAGGAAGUUCUCCCUGCAGGAACGGCCAGUGGGGAGCUGCCUGCAGGCCCAGGCUGGGCCUUACGCCACAGGGCCUGCCAGUCACAUCUCCCCGCGGGCCUGGCGCAGGCCCACCAUUGAGUCCCACCGCGUGGCCAUCUCGGACGCAGAGGACUGCGUACAGCUGAACCAGUACAAGCUGCAGAGUGAGAUUGGCAAGGGUGCCUACGGCGUGGUGAGGCUGGCCUACAACGAAAGUGAAGACAGGCACUAUGCCAUGAAAGUUCUUUCCAAGAAGAAGUUACUGAAGCAGUACGGCUUCCCACGUCGGCCUCCCCCCAGAGGGUCCCAGGCUGCCCAGGGAGGCCCAGCCAAGCAGCUGCUGCCCCUGGAGCGGGUGUACCAGGAGAUUGCCAUUCUGAAGAAGCUGGACCACGUGAAUGUGGUCAAGCUGAUCGAGGUCUUGGAUGACCCAGCUGAGGACAAUCUCUAUUUGGUGUUUGACCUCCUGAGAAAGGGGCCAGUCAUGGAAGUACCCUGCGACAAGCCCUUCCCCGAGGAGCAAGCUCGCCUCUACCUGAGGGACAUCAUCCUGGGCCUUGAGUACUUGCACUACCAGAAGAUCAUCCACAGGGACAUCAAGCCGUCCAACCUGCUGCUGGGUGAUGACGGGCACGUGAAGAUUGCUGACUUCGGCGUCAGCAACCAGUUCGAGGGGAACGACGCUCGGCUGUCCAGCACGGCUGGGACCCCAGCGUUCAUGGCCCCCGAGGCCAUUUCUGACUCCGGCCAGAGCUUCAGUGGAAAGGCCUUGGACGUGUGGGCCACAGGGGUCACGCUGUACUGCUUCGUCUAUGGGAAGUGCCCGUUCAUCGACGAUUACAUCCUGGCCCUGCACCGCAAGAUCAAGACCGAGGCCGUCGUGUUCCCUGAGGAGCCAAAGGUCAGCGAAGAGCUCAAGGACUUAAUCCUGAAGAUGCUAGACAAGAACCCUGAAACGAGAAUUGGGGUGCCAGACAUCAAGUUGCACCCCUGGGUGACCAAGAAUGGGGAGGAGCCCCUUCCCUCGGAGGAGGAGCACUGCAGCGUGGUGGAGGUGACGGAGGAGGAGGUGAAGAACUCGGUCAGGCUCAUACCCAGCUGGACCACAGUGAUCCUGGUUAAGUCCAUGCUGAGAAAGCGUUCCUUUGGCAACCCAUUCGAGCCCCAGGCACGGAGGGAAGAGCGAUCCAUGUCCGCCCCAGGAAGCUUACUGUCGAAAGACGGGUUUGGCGAAGGAGGCAAAAGCCCAGAGCUGCCCGGCGUCCAAGAAGACGAGGCUGCGUCCUGAGCCCCCCGCAUGCGCCCAGGGCCGCCCGGCAGCACGCUCAUCCCGCGCCUCCAAAGGCCCACCGCCCUCAUGCCAACAGCCGCCCCUGCCGGCAGGGGGCUGAGGACUGUGGCCCCUCUCCCGGCCCUCCUCCCCCGUCUGCAUGACCUCCGCGCGCACGUGUCCAGGGACAGGAUCGGAAUGUGUGUCACCUGGGGUGUAGGGGGUGGGUAAGGGCUCCCACAACGCCUUUCUCUUCGUCCUGGCUCUCCCUGGCGGGACUCAUCCUUUGGGGAAGCUCGGUGCCCGUGGUGCCUUAGAAACCCAGCCCGGCCGGUUGGCAAGGCCCAGGGGCAGGAGGCAGGAAACCAAGAAGGCGAGCCGGAAGCCUGCAGAGGCCAGGUGGGCGUGGCUCAGCGGCCGCACGCUCAAGGAGGGGCUCACGCUGCCCACCUCAGGGGGGCGCUGUCGGAGCCCGUGUCUGCGGAGAACACUGGCGUGGAGGCUCUGAGUCCUUGGUGGGUAGUCCUGGGCUUCGCUGGGGCUGGGGCCAAUGUUGGAGAAUCCAGAUUCCGUUUUCGUUAUCUUUUGUUUGUCAUCUGGUGGGGAGCCAGGUGCACAGCCCUGCUUGGGAACGCCUAAUGAGCUGUGGGUGGUCCCCAGUGUGCCCACCAUUGCUUGGCCACCAAGUGGAUUGGACUGACCGUCCUGGAUCGUGUUUCAGCCCUCUCCGCAGAAGGGGCCAAGUUGAGGCUUUGAGCAGAGAGGCCUGAACCAAGAGCGUCACUCUUCCCUGCCUCUCCCUCUGUCCCGCGGUGGCUCCCUAGAGCUGCGGCUGCAGAAAGACACCAGGGCUGACAUUGACCGAGGGCCCUGGGCUCACAGGCCUGUGGCCUUGCAGAUGGUAAAGUCACAGAAAUCAGAUCAUCAGUCCCGCGAGGGCCUCCCCAUCUGGCCCCAGAAGCUGCCCUCACAUUCCAGCGCCCAAAGGACCAACUGCCCAGGUUGGAGGCUGCGCUAGAGACCUAACCCUGGUGGGGUGUGCACGCAGGCAGUUGCCCACGGAGAGGUGGGCCUUUCGUUACUGCCUCACCCCGACAGUCAUCAUCCUACCUGCUCAGAGCUGGAGCUGACUUCUCUCUGGGAUCAGUGCCUGGCUGGCGGCUCGGCCUUGGACUGACCAAAUGCUCAAGAGACUGACCCCCUGAAGGAAAAUAAAGCAGGACUCGGAUGCCUGCCCUGAAUACAUGAGCCAAACAAGGGAUUUCAGUCGCCUGCACUGGGUUCGUGUGGCAGGAGUGCUCUGUUGAGAGGAAAGAAGGCGGGGCUGGAGGAACGGUGCCUCCCGCGUGUUCUCUGUGCCUGUGGGUGUGCGUCGCUCUCCGCACACGCGCCCGUGUGUGCCCAUCUGCUGCACACAGCAUGUCUUGCACUGGCACAUGCAUCUGUAAUAUACUUUCUAUGUUUAUUUAAGGCUCUGAGCAGAAUGCGGCCCGUUGUCACUGGGUCCAUGUCUCUCCCUGCUCCUUUGCACUAAGUCAUUGCAACCCAGGGCUGAAACGAUGAUUUGGUACUGUUCUUCAGAACACUUUUAUGGAGUUCAUGAGAGACCAUUCACAGAGCAGCAUGUUUUCCUUCAGCAUCUGUGUGCUGGGACCUGGAGGGUAGGGGUUUCAAGGGCACCCCACCACCACCUUGCAGGCUCACAGUGGGCUUAGCUUCACUGGGGCCCAGCUUCUUUGGGGUGGGCCCAGCUUCAUUGGAGGUGGGCCCAGCUUCAUUGGGGUGGGUCCAGCUUCAUUGGGGGUAGGCCCAGCUUCAUUGGGGUUGACCCAACUUCUUCCUAGUGGGCCCAUAUUCACCCCAUUGCCGAGGGUUUUGGUUGGCAUCAUUGUUUCUGAAUGUAGCACAAGGGAUGGAUAAACUCCAUAAGAGUGUUUUAAAAAUUAACUUCCCAGGAAGUGAGUUAAAAUCAAUAAAAGCCCUUUCUUGAGUU